AUGGUUUGUUUUACGUGGUAUUUAAACUUUUUUAGAUCGUGGCGUUGGCAGCACGAUCAGAGGAGCGCUGACGAUGACCGACAAUCCCCUGAUGACGACCGGAAGACUCGUCAUUAUGAGCGUAGUACCUCUCGUGGUGACUAUCAUCAGAGAAGUUCUCAAACGGAGAGGAGGAUUUCUGUAGAGGAGAGAAAAGCCACUCGGGGCAGUCGAAAGGUCUCUGCAGACCUGAGACAAGCUCAUCGUGAUGAUCGGUACAGUUCAAAUGAUCAUGACAGAAAAAGUCCUGACGAUCAGAGGAGAUCAAGUAGUGAUCAAAGGAACCCUGGGGGAGAAAAAGAUACAGGCCGACGGGGUGAUCGUAGAAGCUCAUCUGAUAGAAACGAGUUUCGUCGCGAUGCAUUCGAUCGUCGAUCUGGCCAUGAGGAACUCAACGACUCUAAUAAAAGGGUCGCCGCUAACGAAGGCGAUCAUGACACAGAGGAAUGGCUGCAGAAAAAACGCAAGCAGCUUGACCCACUGCUAACCAAGGCCGGUGGGGCAUACAUCCCACCGGCUAAGUUGAAGAUCAUGCAGGCGGCUAUCGGGGAUAAAAGCAGUGAGCAGUACCAGAGGUUGUCGUGGGAGCAUCUCAAAAAACGAAUUCAUGGCAAUGUCAAUAAAGUAAAUGUCGGCAAUAUGGUGCAGACGGUUCAGGACCUUUUGGGUCUUCUUGCGAGGUCGCUUAUUCAAGCUCAGGCGUUUUCUCCCGCAUUCGGUCACGUGUAUGCCGCGUUGGUGGCCAUCAUUAACUCGAAGUUUCCACACAUCGGCGAGCUGGUGCUGUGUCGCCUGAUCAUUCAGUUCAAACGAGCGUUUCGCAGAAACGACAAACAGUUAGCGAUUACCGCCACGAAGUUCGUCGCUCACCUGGUGAAUCAACAAGUGGUUCACGAAGUGCUUGCGCUGGAAAUAUUGACUGUUUUAUUGGAAAACCCUACCGACGAUUCAGUGGAGGUUGCCGUUGCGUUCAUCAAAGAAUGCGGUGCAAAGUUGACUGAACUGACUCCUCGUGGGGUUAACGCGAUAUUCGAACGGUUGCGGUCGAUUCUACAUGAGUCGGAAAUCGAUAAGCGGGUGCAGUACAUGAUUGAGGUCCUGUUUCACAUUCGCAAAGACAAGUUUUCGCAACAUCCUCCGGUUAUUUCCGAGCUCGAUCUUGUGGAAGAAGAUGAUAAAAUUACUCACACCUUAAUGCUGGAAGAUGCUCAAGAUCCUCAGAACAUUUUAAACGUGUUUCGAUUUGACCCUGAUUUCGAGAAAAACGAAGAAAUGUACGAAGAAAUCAAGAAAGAGAUCUUGGGAGAUGACGAUGAAGGAGGAAGUGGCAGUGAGGAAGAAGAGGACGAAAACGAUGAAGAAUCCGCAGCUCAGCUAAUUUUGGACAACACUGAGACAAAUCUUGUGGCGUUUCGACGUACCGUUUAUCUGACCAUUCAGUCAUCUCUUGACUUUCAAGAAGCUAUUCACAAACUUCUAAAAAUGGAAAUCAAGCCCGGAAUGGAGGUUGAAUUAUGUCACAUGAUUAUUGACUGUUGCGCCCAGCAGCGGACGUACGAGAAGUUUUUUGGCCUGAUGGCGGAAAGAUUUUGCAGACUGAAGAAGGAAUAUCAAGAGAAUUUCGAGGCGAUAUUUAAGGACACAUACGACACGAUUCACCGCUUUGAAAUCACCAAAUUGCGUAACACCGCCAAGCUGUUCGCGCACCUGUUUUAUACAGAUGCCAUUGGAUGGACGAUUCUUAGUCAUAUAAGGUUGAACGAGGACGACACGACGUCUGCCAGUCGCAUUUUCAUCAAAAUCCUCUUCCAGGAACUUGCCGAAUUCAUGGGCUUGGAGAAGCUGUAUGAAAGAACUCAAGAUCCGACUUUGCAAGAAGGAUUCGACGGUCUGUUUCCUCGAGACAAUCCCCGCGAUACACGGUUUUCGAUCAAUUUUUUCACUUCCAUCGGACUCGGUGGAUUAACAAAGUAUGAAUUGAUGAUCGAUUUAUCCGGCUUGUUCCUUAUGCUUGUUUCUGCUCUAGAAUCGGACAAAUCAGAUGAGGAGAAAAGGAAAAGCAAGAGAAAAGGCAAAAAAGAUAAAAAGGACAAGAAAGAUAAAUUGGAUAAAAAGACUAAGAAAGUUUCCUCUACUCACCAUCGGCAUCAUCAAGAGAAGAAACAUAAGAAAAAGACGAAAUCAAAGCACAAACAUAAAUAA